CUCACUAUAUUGGAUGAUUUCAGCCGAGGCAUAUGGGUUUAUUUGCUCCGUUAUAAGUCUGAGGUUGAUCGGUACUUGAUGUUAUUUGAUCAGCAGGUUCGGACAUAGUUUGGUCACCAGGUGCGACGAAUUCAAGCCGAUAACGACCUUGAAUUCAACACUCACGUGUUGCAUGACUACUUUCUUCAGUAGGGGAUUGUUCUUCAAACGUCAUGUACUGACAAACCACAGCGGAACGGUGUUGUUGAACGUAAGCAUCGACACCUUCUCGACACUGCUCGAGCUAUUCGGUUCCAAGCUAGCCUACCUUUUCGCUUCUGGGUUGAGUGCAUUCUGAAAACAACAUAUCUUAUUAAUCGGCUUCCAACCGUAGCGACUGGACGCACUACGUUUGAGAUCUUGUUUGGUAAGCCUGCUCAUUAUUACCAUCUCUGUGUCUUUGGCUGUUUGGUUUACUCUAAAUAUACCCAUGCUAGUUUGGAUAAGUUUGCGGAGCGAGGGUGAGCAUGUGUUUUCAUGGUUGUGCCGCUACUCAGAAGGCAUAUAGGGUUUAUGAGCUCAGCACUCGCAAAGUGUUUGCUACUCGUGAUGUCACGUUCCAUGAGGACAUCUUUCCUUUCCAGCACGGUCACGAUGAUGCUUUCCAUUGGGUUCCUCGAUUUGUGUUCGAGACUCGCUAUGAGGAUGACGAUGGCUUUCUCGACCCCAUGCUUCCUUCGCCCGACCUCCUGACUGAUACAGAGUCAUCCUCUUUGGAAGCUUCGGCACCCUCUCCUUCCUCCUCGUAGCACGACUCAACUCGUGAUCUCGAUCCUCCUCGUACUCAGGCACCGUCACCAACCCCAGAAUCAGCUCCUGAUCCGCUUCGACGCAGUGAUCAGGUAAAGACCCUUCCUCGUCAUUUGGGUAUUUAACUAUUUAUGAAACCCCAGCUAUACCGAGCCAGCGCCUUCCUUCUGCUCAUUCUGGCACUGCCUCGACAACUCAGUAUCCUAUCUUAGCUUAUGUCACUUUUGAUGGGGCGAACCCCACGUAUUCUAGAUUUUGGCUGCAAUUUCUUUACAUAUCGAGUCUCACUCUUUUCAGGAAGCCAUGAGGGACACGCGGUUGCGGGAGGCUAUGUCCAAAGAAAUUCGUGCACUUGAA